AGAGAGAGAGAGAGAGAGAUCCUUGUGAAAUAAUCUCCCUCUUCGUAAAUCCCCACAGGUUGGUUGAAUCUUACAAGAGUAUAAUCCAGGCUAUCGAAAGCUUAGGCCGAACGGUGACCAUAGGAGUGAACUAUUACGGCCGAGGGCACCUUAACAAGAGGAAUCUCUACCAAUACAUACGUCAAGUUAUGGGCCAUUGGGUUCUCGGGCAUUGAGGCAUCGAUGGCGUUUUCCAAGGAUAGCAGAAUAUUCAUGCAAGACAUCCAGAACAAAACGUACAUGGCGAAGAUCCAAAUCUGGAACCAUCAAAUUCGGCAGAAUCUAGUCGCCAACGGAAGUGCGGAGACCACCCAAGAUUACGUGGAGUCGAUGGGCGACUUCAUGAAUGAGAUGAGAGAAGUCCAGAUGAACUUGCGGAAGGAGAUCAGAACAACGGUGAAAGAACAAUUGCAAAUGGCGGACAGCGAGGAAGCCGUGAGCAUCGCCGUCUUGGUUCUCGUGUUGUCAAUAUCACCCAUGAUAAUCCUCCUGGUCCGAAAAGCCACUCACAUGGUGGAGAUCUUCUCAGACACUUUGGCCACCAAGAUGUCUCAGCUGAAAGUCGAGAAGAAACGCAGUGACAAACUCCUCUACCAGAUGCUGCCUGUUGUGGUCGCGAAGCAGCUGAAGCAGAAAAAGCAGGUACCCGCAGAGAGCUUUGAAAGCGCCACCGUCUACUUUAGCGACAUCGUGGGCUUCGAAGAACUGUGCGCUGACAGUUCUCCGCUGCAGAUCGUAUCACUUCUCAACAUGCAGUACAGGGUCUUCGACGCCAAGCUGGAGCGAUACGACGUCUACAAGGUAGAAACCAUCGGGGACGCUUACAUGGUAGUUUCCGGUCUGCCGAAGAGGAAUGGGCAGAAGCACGCUUCGGAAAUAGCCUGCCUAGCACUGGACCUCCGCCAUGCGGUGCAGAGCAUCGGUAUCCCACACAAAGCAGGGCAGUGGUUGCAGAUUCGUGCUGGCAUCAACACCGGGCCAGUCGUAGCAGGGGUCGUAGGCACCAAGAUGCCCAGGUACUGUCUCUUUGGCGAUACGGUUAACACGGCAUCCCGGAUGGAGACUACAUGUGAAGCCAUGAGGAUUCAAAUCUCCCUCAGUACCAGAAUGGCUCUUCUGGCUGCUGGUGGAUUUAUAAUGGAUUUCAGAGGAUACAUCGAGGUCAAGGGUAAAGGAGAAAUGGCCACCUACUGGUUGGAAGGCAGAGAUGGACUUCAGCUACAAGACCCUACACUGGAAGACAUAGGCGCUGACGAAGGUGACAGCGCAAAUAAUGCAGCGUUCAUGCAAAUGGUGGACGAGUUGGACGACUCCCCAGAACGUAAAAACCCAGACAAGGGAAAGAAAUGAGGACGUAUGUUGUUCGAUCGUAGUCGGGGAAUUAUUGUAGAUAGCAAGGAAGAGAGUAGACGUAGCGCUGCAGGCAGAUGCAGCGCCAGUGUAGCACAGACGACUGAAGUUGAAAAGACUGUAGGCCCAAAGGAAAAGGUUUCGCCAGAUAGUUCCAGGACGUUCAGGACCAAAAGGCUAUGGAAGCGAAGUAAGAGUCUGAAGAGGUCCAGAGAUCGCAGUGUUUCCCCCGUCUUCACCAGAGCUCCAAGAAUUCUCAAAAGAAGAAGGAAAAUGAAACGCCGAUUAAAGCGUUCAUAAGCAAAGGGCAGCGAGCAGAUCGAACAAUAUGGAUGUUAGAGGUUUGAAGAUUUCAUUGUAUCCUAGUUAAUGUUACGUACAUCCAUACUGCCGAUAUAUAAAUAUGUAUGACGAAUAGUAUUAGUAAAAAAUGUCCAGGCAAUAUCAGCCUCGACAUAAGUUAAUGUACAUGUACUAUAUUAGUAGCAUUAGCUUUUCUAGUCACGUAAGUUUGAGUACAAAAUACCAAUUAUUCGAAUUAAAUAGUGUGCACUUAUAUUUAUCAGAAAAAAAAAUACUAAAUAAAACACACAAAACCUUUCUCCACCUCCAAGAGUAGGCAGUGGGUUUGAAAUCAGUGAAUACUAAUGGGUUUAAAAUCAAUGAACUGCAACUCAUUCAGCGACUGAAACUGUUUCCAAUGGCCCAGGGAAUCUCACUCUACUGAGUGCCAUGUCUUACAAAGCAUAGUUUAGACGCCGCUAUGAAAUUAAAAGAAAAAAAAUGGGAAUAACACGCUCUCCUAUAGUAUGCAAGUAACAUUCUUAGCUUUUGAAAACGUUUACUAAAUCUUACCUUAAUCAAAAGCAGAAAUAGCAUAAGUAUCUCUGCAGCAUCACGCUUACAAGCCGAUGGCUCUACCAUCGGCAUAAAAAAACUUUUUAGGAUAUUUCAGUGCUGUAUUGAUCUUCCGAAUUAAUAGAUUAGAUUUCAAUGGUUUGGUUGGUAUCCAUUCUUGUGCAGUUUUACAUAUACAAAAUUAUUUCCAGAGAUUCUCAAGUAGCUUGUAUGGUUUUAGCACUUGUUGGAUGAAGUGAGAGAUACAAUUAAGGCAAAUAUAUCUUAAGUAUGGCCGUAACGGAGAAAACCAAUUUUAAUACAUUUUUAUUUGCAUUAUUUUCAUUAGAGUAUAAGCACAAUCAGCUGGUUUUAGCUCAUUAUCUUUACGAUUGCGAACGUCACACAACCUUUGUUGACAAUUCUCAUUUAAAUAUGAAAGCAUAUAGUAAUGCCGAAGAAGAAUUAUUAUUUUGAUUUAAGAAGUAUAAGCAAAUAAACAAAAUCAGCUGGUUAUAUCUAAUUGAUCCCUGGGCUUAUGAACGUCGCACAGCCUCUGUUUAUGACAAUGGGAAUAAUUCUCAUCAAAAUAUGAACACAUUUUGUUAAUGCUAAAGAAGAAUUAUUAUUUCAAUUUAAGAAUAAUAAAGAAAUAAACAA